UAGUCAUUUUCUUAGUUUCCGUCAAGUUAGAAGUGUAAUAUGAAUAGCCUUGAAAUGUUGAUUCAUCUGAGGAGAGUAUGAAUUGUGAUUUCCUUUCGUUAGUUGAAGAGUAUCAGCAUGGAAAAACAGAAAUUUGCAUUGUGCCUCCUGACUUUCUUUUUCUUCCUUCAGAUAUGUUCAUCGGAGCUGACUUUCAAAUAUCUGACUCUAUACAAUAAAGAGGGCCGAUUGAUGAAGAAAGAGGAUCUUCAGAAGGACAGCGUGAACGUUUUGAAACCCAUAACCGUGGUCAUCAAUGGUCUUAGCAGCACAGACAAUGCUUGGGUGAACGCACUUAUGGACGAAUAUCUUGAAAAACAGGUGCAUAAUGUUUUUCUCUUGGAACUUGAAGACCACGAGGAAGUUAUGAAGAAUGACACAUUCAUCUCCAAUGAAAUUACAGAAUUUUUGAAUGAGAUAUAUAACAGAACUGGAGAGGAAUAUCUUCACUGGCAUAUAAUCGGAAUCACUAGUUCUGGAUUUUAUACGGCGAUAGAUGUUGGUCGAAAAAUGUUUAGUAAGUGCACUCAAUAGCUUGGGUUAUAUUUU